AUGGGGUUGUCCAUCAUCGAGGAGCAGCACAAUGGUAUGGGCUCUACUCUCGCGCUUGCCCGUCGCGAGUUUAACCCCGACAUGGACGCCAUCUACCUCCUCAGCCCCGAACCGCACAUUGUCGAAUGUCUGCUUGCCGACUUUGAGGUACGGCGCUACCGGAGAGGCUUCCUCGUCUGGACAAACCUGCUGGACCCGGCGCUGCGAAGACGGAUCGAUGAGUUCCCGGGGGUGCGGCAACUGCGCGCGAGCUCGCGGACGCUUUUCGUGGACUUUUAUCCAAGAGAGACACAUCUCGUAACGUUUCGCGACCCGUGGAGCUUUCCCAUGCUUUUCCACCCGGGGUGCAACGCGCUCGUUCCCAAGCAUCUGCAGCUGCUUGCGCAAAGGAUUGCGGGAAUAUGCAUCACGUUAGGAGAGUAUCCAAAGGUAAGAUACUACCGGCCCAAGAAUGCUGUUCACGAAGCGUCUGUUUUGUGCACGCAUCUGGCGAGAUUCGUGCAGGAAGAACUAGACGGCUAUGCCCAGUGGGACUCCAAUUUCCCGCCUCCGUCAACCAGGCCACAGUCGACACUGCUGAUUACAGACCGAUCGAUGGACCUCAUGGCACCGCUGGUACACGAGUUCACGUAUCAAGCCAUGGCGCAUGAUUUGCUCCCCAUCAAGGACGGCGACAAGGUGACCUUUCACACGAUCAUAAACGAGGGGACGCCGGAUGCACAGGAAAAGGACAUGGAGUUGGCUGAAAAGGACAAGAUUUGGGUCGAGAACCGCCAUCGUCACAUGAAGGACACCAUCGACAAGCUCAUGGGCGACUUCCGCAAGUUCUUGGAUCAAAACCCUCACUUUACCAAAGAAAACACCGAUACGACGAGUCUCAGCGCCAUUCGAGACAUGAUGGCGGGGCUGCCCCAGUUUCAAGAGAUGAAGGAGGCGUAUUCUCUGCAUCUCACAAUGGCCCAGGAGUGUAUGAAUAUAUUCCAGCGCCAUAAACUGUCCGACACUGCGGUCACAGAGCAAACGCUUGCCACCGGGCUGGAUGAAGACUACAAGAAGCCGAAGAACGUUCUGGAUUCGGUGGUUCGAUUGCUGGAUGACGAUGCGGUAACUCCGGGAGAUCGACUGCGACUGGUUGCCAUGUAUGCGCUAUACCGUGACGGCAUGAUACUGGACGAUAUCAAGAAACUGCUCGCGCACUCCAAGCUGCCACCUCAAGAUGCCGAAACGAUUCUCAACCUCGAGCAUAUUGGCGGAAGACCCAUCAAGCAGCUGAAAGAGCAGCGGCAGCCGAUACCGCCUCUGUUCCCUGUUGAUACGAAGAAUGCGCAAAACGAGGAGGACUACUCCUUGACGCGCUUUGAACCUGUUCUGAAGCAGGUUUUAGACAACCUGACAAAGGGAACCCUGGACCAGACCGUCUUCCCGUACGUCAAGCCGCCGCUGGAUCCCAACGAAGACCUUAUGGCAGCUCAGGCAGGGUCCCUCCGUGCUGCCGGGCGGCCGAACUGGGCAGCAGCGGGACGACGACCGCCCGAGAACCGCCAGAGGCUGAUUGUCUUCAUGGCCGGCGGCGCUACCUACAGCGAGAGCAGAGCGUGCUACGAGAUUAGCAACGAGCGAAGCCGUGACGUUAUUCUGGCGACCUCCCACAUGCUCACUCCCCAGCUCUUCCUUCGGCAGAUUGGGGAUCUGAGCCGCGACAAACGACAGCUAGAUCUCCCCGUCGAGCGCAGGAGGCACGCACCCCAACAUCUCUUUGAGCGUCCAGCGCCGCCGCCCCCUCCGCCCCAGGCUCGACCACCACCACAGCAACAGCCAGUGGCUCCCGGAGUGCCUCGACCCGGCGUUGCUCCAAACCAACCAAUGUCUCGGCCAGGCGGCCUGCCUAGUCGACCGUCCCCGAGCGGUGCCGUUCCCACGCAAGCCAUGGCAAACAUGCACAUUAACGCGAACCCGAGCGGGCACAGGCCUACGACUUCGAACAGCUCAUACGACGACGGCAAGGCGCACAAGGAGAAGAAGAGGAGGAAUUUCCUGGGCCUGAAGAAGUAG